UCACCUGAUAUUCAUUACUGACAUAAUUAUGACGAGGGUUUUUUUCAAAUUAAACUAGGCACAUUCAAAACAAAAUUCAUGUAUUAAAAGAUAAGAUAAUAACCUUAAAUUUAGAGUAGCAAAUCAUAAUGCUGAAUCACAUAGACUUCACAAACCUCUACCUUCUAGAAUUUUUCGUCCAGAAAGCUUGUUUCGAUGAUGUUGAUUCAUUUCUGGGAGAGCACUUUGGUGAAAAAAUCAAGCUAUGCUUUUCUUUUCAAUUUUUGCAAUACUUACCAAUGGAAGUAUGUCAGGAAGUCUUUCUAGUUCAAAACAACAGCACUCUAGUUCUGAAUAAAGGAAAAUCCUGUAUUUUUGCUUCACGAAACUUGAAUAACAAACGGAAUCCAAGUAAGUUUAAAGUGAAAAUUUUGGUUUCUCAAACAUAUCUGAAAGAAGACGGCUGUGUUGAGAGUAAAAUUAUUGGAGAAUCUAUGGUUGAUGUUGGAAGCAAUUUCAUGAAAGGGGAGGGAAUUCGUGGGGAGUUUCCAUUGAUUUCAGACUCUGGGGUGAGAUUUGGGUAUAUUAGUGCUCUUCUAAGUCUCACUAGUUGGGGUGAAAAAAUUGUGACAAGAUUCCAAUCCGGAGGUCAGAAUGGUGAUUUUCUGUUCAAAGGGAUGGAAAUGGAUCAGAUGGCAAGGGAAACUGAAAGUAGCACAGUGCAUGUGGAAAAUCAAAACUCAUCCACAAACAUAACAGAAAACUACUCUGAUACUGUAGAACAUAAGUUAGAAAUUGAUGGAGCUGAAACUGUAAAACUUGAAAAUGAAAGUGAAGAAAAUAGCGUUGAGAGUUUUGGAGAUGAUGAAUCAAUUGUUGACAGUGAGGAACUGAUAGAAGAUGGAGAUCAAGCUUCUGAGUUGGAAGCGAAGAAUUACAAAGAAAUUGAAGUUAGCAUAAAUAACCAUCUGCUAAGGAUAAAGGUGAUGAGAGACAAAAAUGGAAGGAUAGUGUAUGAUAACGGGGACGGAUUGAGUGAAGACGAGAAAAGGCAUUCGACUACGUCGAUUACAUUGGAUGAAUCCACUGCAAAAAAACAAAUUGAGCAAGAAGAACCGGUACAAGAGCCUGGAGUUGUCAAGAUAAAAGGAGACCGUAUCCUCUUGGACGUUCCUGAACAGGCAACAACUCCAGGACCCGUCGAGUCGCCCGUCUACACGUUCAAGUCGGGCAAACAGACAGACGCCAACGUGGUCACCUUCUCGCAGACGGGCGAUGCCCAAAUGGAGUUCGGCAAGGCCGAUCGGCAGGAGGAGACAUUUCUGAUGGUCAUAAAGAACAACCGCCAUGAUUCCAAGGUGAAGAACUCGAAUCGACUUGAUUUGGAGCUGAGGACUCGUAGACAGCCCGAGCCUAAACCUCAGGCCGAAGAGAAGAACACUCAGUAUGAUGUCGGAGACGUGCCUCAGUCAGGUGGUGGCAAAUCAAGGAAAGGGAAAAAGAAGGACGGCAAAACCAAAAACAAGAAAAAGUAAUUGCUUGCUUGUUUGUGUGUAUCACGUAGGAAGUUUACUUCAUAAUAGUGUAAGUUUUA